AUGACUGGAAUCAUCGAUCUGCAAACUGAAAUUCAAAGUGAGUACCGCUUCCUUGAGGGUGAAUGCUUUGACAGCUAUGAAGAAUUUCACGCCAAACUGGAAACGCACAGCGCCAAGGAUUUAGUUUACUAUUGGUGUCGAGAUUCGCGGACAAUCGAAGGAGCUGCCUACAAAACGUCUCGGCCCAUAGCGGCAGCCCUUCGCUACUACUCCGUUCGCUAUUCCUGCAUCUUUGGUGGCCAGAAGUUCGAACCCAAGACCGGUGGAUCGAAGAGGUUGAGACCCUCGAUCCGAAACGAUUGCCCAGCAUUCAUUGCCUUGCGGGCCUCGAAGUGUGGCCAACAGUUGAUGGUGAUGUCAGUUUCCAAUAUUCACAAUCAUGAAAUUAGCGCCGAGAUGAGCAAAAAUCUCGCUCACAAUAAGAAACUUUCCUCGGAUAUAAAGCAGAAAGUGAUGGAGCUUUUAAUUCACAAUGUGAACAAGAAACUAAUUCGAGAGUACGUCCGACUAACGAAUGGCAAGGAGCUGACUACCAAGGACCUCUGCAAUCUGAUGGCUUCUUUGAGGAAAAAUGGUCACUUUGCCGAAGCGAGUUCUGAUAUGAAGAAAACCGAUUAUCUCACUUCCGAGUUGAUCAAAUUCAUAAGCGAUCACGGAGGAACGAUAGCAAUCAAAUCACUUGAGCGAACACCAGCCUCAGUUGCUCCGGAAUCAACAGGAGGUGAAACUGAUAUGUUCGAAGAACGAUUGAUGGAGGAUUUCGAAGAGGUUGAGCAAGAAGUCCAGUCCAACUGUUCAUUCGAAGACCAAAAAUCUGACGGUAGUCAUGAAUUUGUAAUAGAAAUACUGAACGAAACACCUUGCGAGGAAGAAAGUUCGCUUAUACCGAAAACUAGCACUCCAAAGCGGCGCACCCGAUGGAGAACUCCAUCCUGUUUUGCAUGCGGUUCCAACAAUCGACUUGUGCGAGCACAGCUCCAGGUCCUUCGAGCACGAAGGGACAAAAUUCGAGAGGAAACCGAACUGCUUCGUUUGACGAAGCGAAAACUACGGCUAGAGAUACAAGCGAUGAACAAACUGCAUUCCAAUUCUUCUGCUUAAAAAUAUAUUGAAUUAAUGUUAAAAUUAG